CCGGCUGGGGUUUGUUCUCUUCCAGAACUCCUCUCGCAAGCCGGCCAUUGGCCAUUCCGAGCCUGAACUAGCCACUGGCCUUUGGAGAGACCUCCCUCGCUUUCUGUGGUUGGCUGGCUGGCUUCUUUGGAGAGAAGGGGGGCCGAGGGUGGAGGCCGGCAGCAUGUCUGAAGAGGCGCUCCUGAGCAUGGAUGAAGGGACGCUCCGGAAGCUGCUGGAGGCCACCAUGGACUUGGCCGAGCGCAGGCAGAUCCGCUCUGCCAUCCGAGAGCUGCGGCGGCAGGAACUGGAGCGCGACGAGGAGGCCCUGGCGUCCAAGCGCUCCCGGACGGAGCGAAGCGCGGAGCGGCAGGAGAACAAGGAGAACCGGCUGAGGUCCUGGCAGCGAGAGGAGGAGCAGCGACAGCAGAAAUCUCUGGACGCCCUUUCCAGAAAGCUGGAGACCAUCCGGGAUGUGGAAGAGCUGACCGCCUUGCUGCGAGGAACUAGUGAAUACGAGGAACGCAAACUGAUCCGGGCCUCUAUCCGCAAACUGCGCGCUGAAGAAGUUGAAGCUGCAACUUUGGCGGGGAAGGCUUGCAAUAACCGGAGGGCCACCGAUACCGCUCUGGCACCCAGGGAGCCCGAAGACAAUGCGGCAGGAGACGGUGAUUUGCAGGUGCAGGAGCCAGCAGAGCAGGAGCUGAUCCAAGCCCCGAUCCAGGAGCAGCUGGAAUCCAAGGCCGAAGAUGCUCCAGAUUCUUCUUUGGGGACUGUUCUGCUCCUGGAAGCCGUCCCCGAGCCGGCUUCUUUCCUGGAGGGCAGGACGGAGCCCGAGGCGAGCGGCGAAGACCCCGGGUCCAGCUCCCACGACGAGGACUCCGGCCCCGAACCACAGCCUUCUUCCCAGGCGGAGAAGGACGCGGGAGGCCUGGCACCCCCCAAAGACAGGGGGGCGCUGAGCUCCUCCAGAGGAGAGGCCGCCACUGAAACCAUGAGGGAGGAGCAGCCGGCGAUGGGCGACGCUGGGGGGGACGCCCUCCUGGACGGAGAAUCCUGCCCAAAGCUUUCAAGCCAGAGGACAGAGGUGCCUUGGCAAACCUGAGAUUUCUCUGGGUUGGCUGGGAAUUGGGUUAGGGGCAGUCCCAGCGGGAAUGGACUCAUUACGGGCUGCGUCUGACCCAUCAAAAUUACAUUGACAAAAUGUAAGCUGGACGAGGGGUGUGCAAAAGCUGAAGACCUCUGGCUCUCCAAAGAGAAAUCCCCUUCCGAACAUCUGGGGGCCGGGGAGGACUCUGGCCCUGGUUUUCACGGUGAUGGAGGAACCCUCCAGAUGGGGGGCGGGGAGGGAGGUCAACCCUCAGACUUUUCAGCAGUAGCCAUGCCCGGUGGGGCGUUCUGGGAAUUGGCAUCCCCCGUCUGCGAGGUGAGAGCUGUCCGCAAUUGUGAGUCUUCGAACCCCCCAAGGGGAGAGGCGGCAGUCAAAUUUGACAUUCCCUCCUCUUUCUUGUCUUUCGGGGGGACGUUUGGAGUGGG